AUGCAACAUGCCCGCGAGCGCAUCCCGAAUCCAGAGACCACGGGGCAUCGAUUACAGCACCCUGCCAGACACGCCAACAGUGACGCAUUGACACAAGAGCGAGGAGCAAACCCGCGCAACGUUCACGGGAUCCGUUUACGGCCGGUCUCUGAGCUACGUGAGUCGAAGCGUUGUGAACCGUUCAUCCUGCUAUUCGGGUGGCUAUAUGCGCGAAUCCCUGACGCAUACAUCCACUCCGUUCCUCCGUAUCGAGCAGCUGACGUCUACCGGGGGAUGUUCAAGUUUGGCGUCUUCAACGCCGUGCAGUCCAAGUGCUUUGAUACGGUGAUGCACACAGACGAGAACAUGGUAGCGCCAACGGGAAGUGGGAAGACGGUCCUCUUUGAACUGGCCAUUAUCCGGAUGCUCAUGGAGGCGGGUGGGAACAGCAAGUCUGUCAAGUGCAUCUAUGUAGCGCCGACGAAGGCACUAUGCUCUGAGAAAUGCAGGGAUUGGACUAUGAAAUUCGCGGCCCUAGGAGUGAAUUGCUGUGAAAUGACAGGGGAUACAGUUCAUUUUGGUAGAGGCGCAUGGGGUAGCGCGCGGGACGCGACAAUAAUGUAUGGAGAGAAAUGGGACAGCUUGACGCGGAAUUGGCGUGACCAUGGGCAGAUUCUGGCUCAGGUUCAGCUCUUCCUUGUGGAUGAGGUACAUAUAUUGAAUGAGUCGCGUGGGAGCACCUUGGAAGUCAUCCUCUCACGCAUGAAACUGCGUGGAUCGUCCGUCCGCUUCGUGGUCGUGUCAGCGACCGUGCCGAACAUCGAGGAUGUUGCCACUUGGAUUGGCGACGGUACCCCAGACGGUUCUGCCACGAUCAUGCAGUUCGGUGAGGAGUAUCGGCCCUGCAAGCUGACGAAGAUCGUGUAUGGGAUCCCGCACAAGAGGGAACAGAACGACUUCGCCUUCCAAAAAACGCUGGACUACAAAUUGUAUGGGAUCUUGCAGCAACACUCGGUCAACAAGCCUAUCUUGGUCUUCUGUUCAACGAGGAAAGGUGUAUUUAGCACAGCCCAACAAAUCAUAAAAGAAUAUGAGGCAGCCGGAGAUAAGAAACAACCUUUGCCGUGGUCUCGUCCUCCCAGAAUAGAGCACACCUUUCAGGACAAGUCUCUACAGAAGCUAGCUGCUUGCGGGGUAGGUAUCCACCAUGCGGGAAUGGCCAUCGAGGACCGCCGAGCAACCGAGGACAUGUACAUGAAGAAACUCCUGAAGAUUCUGUUCGCUACCUCAACCCUUGCUGUUGGCGUUAACCUUCCCGCUCACACUGUGAUCCUCAAGGGCGUCAAGAUUUUCCAGAACAAUGCCAUGCAGGAGUACUCCGAUCUAGAUAUCAUGCAGAUGAUGGGACGCGCGGGCCGACCUCAGUUCGACAAAGAAGGGGUGGCUAUCAUCAUGUGCGAGAGCGAGCUCGAAGCCAAAUACAGGGCACUUGUGCAAGGCCAGACGGUCCUGGAGAGUAGUCUCCAUCUUAACCUAUCUGAGCAUAUCAAUUCAGAAGUUGGCCUCGGGACUAUCACCGAUCUUGAGACCGCAAAGAAGUGGCUGCACAAUUCCUUCCUUUACCGACGGAUCCAGAAAAACCCGAGACACUACGCCAUUGGCAAGGAUAGCAGUCAGACCUGGCAGCAGAGGGUCGACGAUAUGGUAGCGCAGAGCAUUACGAAGUUGCAGGAGGUAGGGCUGGUGACCUACUCUGACGGGGAAGACGGUCAGCUAUGCUCCACUGAAUACGGUGACAUCAUGAGCAAGCUCUACGUAAAACAGUCGACGAUGAGUUUGAUAUUGAAGCUAUCCGACCGCGCUACUAUGAGGGACAUGGUCUAUAACAAGAUGCGCACUCACCACGACAUUCGCUACCAAAUCAAGAAGAUCGAAAAACCAGCUGAUAAGGUGUUCACGCUCAUCCAGGCCGUCCUGGCUUGUAUCAAUCUCUCAGACCCCGAGUACAAGAGUGGAGACAACAACCCCGUGUUAGAGGCCUACUCUAUUUUCCGUCACAUAUCACGGAUUGCGAAGGCUGUUGUCGAAGUCGCAAUUGUGAAGAAAUCUGGCGCACAGCUGAAGAAUGGUCUGGAACUGAUGCGCUGUCUCAACGCGAAGGCCUGGGAGGACCGGCAUUUUGUUCUAGCUGAGCAUGGUAUCACGACCAUUGCCUCUCUGCGGCAGCAGGAUCCGUUCCGCAUUGAUGUGAUGCUGAACCGCAAGACCCCAUUUGGGCUCAACGUCAUCGCUUCAGUCCAGCAACUUCCUCAAUACACUCUCAAGAUCGUUGAGAAGGGUUUAACCACCCAUAAGGCCCAGAAACCAGUCGAGGUGGAGUUAGAGGUUGAAUGUGGCCUGAUCGUCGAGACCGAAUCUGCUAGGGCGAAGAGAGGCAAGACCAGGAUGGCGGAUAUGACCGCGGUACUUUCAGUAACUUCUGAAUUGGACUUCAUCGAUUUCCGCCGCAUCCCCACGAAAGCACUAAGGGACACCAAGACGUUCGUUCUCAAAGUGUGCUUCACAAAACCCAGCCAGUCUAUCUUUAUCUAUAUCAGCUCGGACAUGUUACUGGAAGGUCUUGACGAAGACCCCGACUUCUGGAAUAUGGCCCCGGACGACGAGGAUUCUCCGGCAGGACACAAGCGCGAGCCCGAAUGCAACCACCUAUGCAAGGAUAAGACAAAAUGUCGGCAUAUGUGCUGCAAAGACGGUCUCGACAAGCCUCCUCCCAUGUCGAGAAAGCGUGUCGAAGCGAUCUGCGCGGCUGCCGACCACAACCUCUCAACCGCGCUCUCCCACUCGCCCCUGUCUGGUCACGUUCAGGCCAUCCGCCCCGAAGAUGUUCCUCGUUCGAGACCGAGAGCGAAGACCAAGCCCUGCGAUAGACCGGACGCACGGCUCAAACAGGUGGAUUCCCUUCAUGCGCAGACGCGCGUCCAGGAGAACCUUAAUCUGCCUGCUGGCCGGAGAAUCAAGCUCGAAGAUCACUGGGCUACUGACUCUGGCACUGUAAAGGACACCGGGUCUGACUCGGAUGUCGAGAUCGUCUCUAGGGCCUCUUCUCCUGGUGCUCUGGCGGCUAGGCUGGAUGACUCUGACGACGACUUACCGGACCCUAGCGAGUUGCUUGGCGCGUUUGUUGGGUCUAAACGCGGAGGUGAUCCUGCGUCGGACUCGUCAAGCGCGAAAUACUCAAACUCGGAAUUCGACUCUCUCAUUCGGAUAUCCAGUGUAGCGAAAGGCAAGCAAAAGGAGCCUUUGUUCCUCGCCGAGUCAUCGGACAACGAAGAAGAAGCGGCAGCAGAGAAUCAUGACUUCUCCAAGGAUCAUGACGACGACGACGACGACGACGAAUUUACACUGGACCCUGACAUGUUCACUUUAGUCGACGCGGAUAUACCCUCUUCGACGACUCUCGUGGACGCUCAUCCUGACGUCAAGCAGGAUUCUUUGGUGCCUUCGGAUUUGAGUUGGAGUCACCAUUCUCCGGGACAUCUCAGGAGGAAGACGGAAGAAGACAGUACACUUCCACGGGUCAAGGAAAAACAGGUCCACUGGGAUGACGACGAUCCUGAUGACGAGCCUGACGUGUUCGAUACCGCGUUGGAAGAGCUAGAGGCAUGGAUGCAGAGCGGUGCAGUUGAGAUUAUACCCGAUGAUUAA